AUGGGCUCCGAAGUCGCGCCAGCUGAGACUGCGCGCGCGUUCGGCGCGGACAGUGCCAAGCAGCUGCCUUUGGAUGGGUCGGUGGUGAAGAUGAAGGGCCUGCCCUUCAAGGCCAGCGUCGACGACGUCCUGAAGUUUUACCAGGGCUUCACGCUGUGCAACACCGCUGUAUACCUCAAGCGCCAUGCCGAUGGGCGCCUGAACGGCGAGGCGUUUGUGUGCUUUGAGAACCCCGAGGAGGCCCGCCGUGCCUGCCAGAAGGACCGCGAGACUUUUGGGGAGAAGUGGGGCGACCGCUACGUGCGCGUCUACCCCACGCUCGAGUCUGACGUGGCGGACAUGCAGCAGGCGGUGCUGCAGCAGAACAUGGUGGCGCAGCAGGUGCGACGCGGCAGCCGCCGAGCUGGCGCCAGUAUCAGGGAAACGGGGCCUGGGGCUUAG